AUGGCAGCGGAUUCUGGGUCGGCGCCAAGUCCCCUGAUGCGAGUGGGAGUGCUGGCGCUGCAAGGCUCGUUCCGCGAGCACAUUGCAGCUCUCCUCAGGUGCGCAACGGCUUUCGAUGCGGUAGAGGUCCGUCCUGACGCGACGCCGCGGGCCGUGCAGGCGCUCAUCAUUCCCGUCCCUCUCCCCUACCUCCCGCCAUGUCGCAGCGCUACGCAGCGAUGCGGACUGGUGAGGUGCUUUGACGCCUUCCCCCUGUGCCUCUGGCCCUUCGCCCCACUAUCCCUCGUUCCAAUACCUGCCCUCCACGCUAUCGUUUUGGCUACCCCCCUUCCCGUCAUCAUCCCCGGCGGGGAGAGCACCACCAUGGCCAACCUCGCCCAGCGAUGCGGACUGCUCGGCGCGCUGCAGGAAUUCGCAGCCUCUGGGCGGCCAGUGUGGGGGACGUGCGCCGGACUCAUAUUCCUGGCUAACAAGGCGCUAGGUCAGAAGUCAGGAGGGCAGGCGCUGCUUGGGGGACUGGACUGCACCGUGCACCGCAACUUCUUUGGCAGCCAGAUCAACAGCUUUGAGACUCUCCUUCCCUUCCCGCACCACACCCUUCAAUCCACCUCUUCAGCAGCACCACCAUCAGAACCAUCGGCAUCAACAGCAGCAGCGCCAGCAGCACCACCCACACCUUCCCAGUCUCCCGCUUCCCCCUUUCGGGCUGUCUUCAUCCGAGCCCCUGCCAUCAUCCACACCGGCCCUGCUGUUGAGGUGCUGGCGGAGUACCCUCUUCCCAACCGUGCCUCUGCCGUCGCCGCACCUGCUGCCCCGGUCGCACCUGCAGGCGCUGGUUUGGCCGAGCCCGCAGCUGCUGCUUCGGCCGUGCCUGACCAGAGUGGCCAGGAGCUUUCCGAAGAAGAAAUUCUAGCUAAGUUGGAUCGGGUGGCAGUGGCGGUGAGGCAGGGCAGGCUGUUGGCCACGGCAUUCCACCCAGAGCUCACAGCCGACCUCAGAUGGCACCGCCUGUUCCUUCAGAUGAUUCUCGACGCACUCCAGUCCUCUCCAGACCUGGCUGCCGUACCUGCGGCCCAAGCCACUUCUGCAGGUUCGGCAGGCAACCCCGGUGCCAGCAGUGUGCCAAAUGUGGACCCAGGGGACCUGCCAGUAUUUGGUUCGGCACCGGACCUAAAGAUUGAGCUCAAGCCUGUACCUCAAUUGUAG